AUGACGGCGGAAUCGAAUCAAACAUCUGAUCGAUGUCCAUUAUGCCGCACGGAGACUCAUUUCUUCGAGUUGGAGCCAGAAGCGUCUGCAAUUUCGUCUCGCGAAGAAUCGUCUGCGGACUGCAAGACGUCUGAGCCAGCGACCGGAGACCGUGGUCAGGGUUCGAACGCAGUCGAUCCAGUGUCAGAGGUGAGCUGGUGUAGAAAAAGAAUUUGUAUUUUCCUUAUUUCGCGACCGUGCUUUUUGGGGUGGGAAUGACCUUACGGACGGUGUUUUCUCAGCAGAGCUGCGCCGCCUUCUAAACACCGCGGUUCUUUUUACGAAAGAGAAUUCACAGAGUAAAAGGGCCAGCUAUACUUGAACGGACGAGGAAUCGAUUAAAAAGCGCAUCUUGUGCAUAAGAAUUUUCCCAAUGAUUUAAGGAAGACCAAAUACCUACUAGAGCGGGCACUUGUUGAUCAGGGUCUCAGCAUUAACUGCUGUUAAAAUAGGAAAAAAAACAUUGCUUUUUGAAUAUGCGUCCUAAGAGAACCUUAUCUGGGAAUUCACAAAGCUGUCCUUAAACCUAUUAAGACUAUCGAUGGAGUUCUUCAUCGGGUCAGCACAGCUCUUGACCGGACCACUUGAACUAGCAUCAACGGUCCACGUUUGCCAAGCGUUUCGCGAGUCGUAGCGUUAGUUGAUAUCGGAGGCAUCAGUCGUCUAACAUGUCGAUUUUCUUCAAAUGAAUACGUUUGUGGACGUAGGGUAAGAUGACCACGACCGUACCUUAAACACUCCAACAUAUAUUCUCUCCUAGAUGUAGCAGUGAGCCAACCUAGAUGUAGCAGCGGCCGACCCUGGAUGUUGACCCAUGUAGCACAUAUGAAUGGAGAUGAACAAAACCGUUAAGUGAUUGUAGCUUCCUGUUACUAUCCGUGUUCUGCGUCCAUGCCUUGGCGCACAAGUCUCAGUGUGCCUUUGAAGGGGAUGGAAGUAAAUUUAAGAUGAUAUUUGCGAAGGGUACGUGUUGUGCCACCCUUGUAAACUUGGGGCUGCGAAUUUUCCUCAUCCAGUUAUGUUAUUGGAUAUUCAUGCUGUCGUCAAAAAUCUUCCUUCUAAUCAUGCAUACCAAAUUUCCCCAAACAUAUCUGCCUUCCCAGGUACUGGACAUUGCGAUGAAAAAGCUGACUGACCUGUCGUCGGGGAGAAUCUCUCUCGAGUCGCUGAAGACCACUCUUUGCAGGUUCAGGGAUGAAACCGUGUCCUGCAAGGAGAACCUCCUCGGCGAGAUUACCGCCGUUGAUCACCAGCUAUAUUAUCCGGCCUUCUACUCUCUCGAAAAAGCCAAACUGCUUGUGGUGUCAACAUUUACUGACGAGCUCGUGGAAUUAAAGAAACUGCAGAGAAACCUUUUGAGGUUGAAGAGAAGACUGGCUGCUUUGCUCCAGACGGCCAAUAGUCUGCCUGAAGAAAUCGUAAGUUCUAUUAUGUUUUCGGGACGCACUUCCGUGAUAUGCAGUGAGUGACCGAUCUCAUGAAGUGCUAGCCUAAAUUCUGCGUUCUGGAUUAGGACGGAGUACUUAAGUGGGGUUUAAGUACUGAUUAUCGUGCGCCAUAAUCCUAUAAUAUUUCGGACUCGCCAGGUUGUUAGCUUUUAAACGCACUUUUUCGACCUCCUGCAAAGACCGCACUUGGUACCAAAUAACUCUGAAGCAGCAUGCAUUAUUCACAUGCAUCCACUUAUAUUUUAAAUAACGCAUGCACAAAAUAUGCCCUUUUGUUCAUUUGGUGGCAAAUCACGCCGUCUUUGCAUUUUACACCCGAAGGAAGGGUACCUUUUGGGUCAGAUGUGGUUAUGUAACCCCAUCUGAGGUAAACAAGUUCCAGCCACCUGUUAUACGGGACCGGUGGUAAUAGGGGUUGUUACAGGUGGAGCCGGGGAACACACAGGCGGCGAGGUCAGAGAGAUUUAUGCAAAAGAAAGGCUACUGUGAACGCGCGGUUGUACUUUAAGUGGUUGAGAAAUAGUUGCCCUAACCCUAACCUCUAACCCUAAACUCUUGUCCUAACUCCUGACUCUUAUCCAUAACCCUUACCCCUAGCCGUAACACCUAACCAUAAUCCCUUAUCCCAACCCCAACAACAUUGUGUCCAUCAGGUGGGGCUACAUAACCACAUCUUACCGCCUUUGGGUUUUCAAUUAGUUUCCCUUUUAUGCGGUUUUUCAAGACUUCAAUUUUCACUCACAGAAUCGUACCUGUCCGUUUGUUGAUGCUUCUCAUAAAGCAUCCAUUUUAAAAUUUUGUGAACUAUUCAAAGUAUCUUUCCAAAGGCAUAGAGGGAUGUAUGAUUCUCAUUGCGCGGAACGUAUACACCUUGCAGACUGAAAUUGCUAAGGGCUAGUGAAAUGGUGAAUCCAAUUUAAAGUUAUUCGGCAAUUAGGGGACUUUUUCAAAACCUAGAUAUACGCUUUCUUUGAGUAUAAAAUGUGAAGACGACGUGAAUAACUACCAGAUGGGUAAAAGAAAGCACACUUUUUGCAGGUUUUCUAUAAGGAGGGGGAAGCGAUGACAUGCGCGCAAAUUGCAUGAUAAUAGGGAAUGGCACAGCAUUAACUCACUUGUUAUUACAGAGCCCAUUCUCUUCCAGCCCUAUGACUGGAAUUAUCAUGGGCCUCAAGCAUUGCGAGAGUCUGCUAUGCCAUGAUUAGCAAGCCAUUGCCAUCGCAGCCUGGUAUGCGUCGGCAAUUCCUUGACGCCGUUUUCUCUUCCGGUAGAUGCGCUGGCGCUACCGCUGGGCACUUAGGUCGUAUGCACGGUUGUCCAGUCAUCCUCAUCUUGCCGUUGUUGUUGUUGGUUAAAAUCCUGGUCAAGUGUUCUUUGUGGGCCAGGGAGCGUGGAGAGGCACGCCUAGUUGGGGCUUCGGCCGCGCUAUCCACCUGCGCCCUAUCUCGCCUCUAGUCCUCUUGAUUCCGUCUUGAAACUGGGCCACAGGAUGCGGUAGAUGUUGCUAAAGUUUACUCUAAAUAUAAUCACGCACAAGUCACCGUGCCUGCCCCACCUUGUGGAGUCCACCGGUGGAAACCGUCGGAUGCAAAUGUCAAAACUAUCAUCCAGCAGUCCUCAGCGGCACUUGGCUCUUGGUCUCUGAGACCAGUCGCCAACCUUUCGAAACCUUCCAAUCUCUCAAUAAAGUAAGGAAGGAUCGCUGCAGUCGGUUGUGUAUUCAUACUGGUAGAGGCCUAACUGAGUCAGUUCGUCUGAUCGGGUGAUAGAGAACGGCGAAAUGUCAGGCAUUUCUUUUCCAUUUUGCGCAUGGUCGGUGUGCGCUAGAGAUCCUUCAAGGCAGAAUAUGAGCCCAAUUCUACGUUCUACUUUAUAGCGGUACCGACAUGAACCGCAAUUCACCCUGGGAGGUCUACAUACGUCUUUUCGUGUAAAUGGGUUUCUGGGAUACAACGGAAGUCAAACUUACUUGUAACAUGUGGCAGUCUAAAUUAACUGGGUUCAAGUAGGCUCUCAAUAAUUGCUUUGCAUAGGGACGUGUUUGACGAAGUCUGAUGCUACAUCAGCCACCGCACUCAGUCCCAAAUAACCACUCUGCCUACUGGCUGGGAGAGGCAACUUGUUCAUGGAAUAGGGAAAAAGGUGACGUGUUUAUCGAGUCAACCUUUCUCAAAGCCUUGCUCACAAUAAACAAUACGACAGCAUGCUAUUACCGACAAAGACAUGGGAGACUGGAAUGGCGAAUUCUGGCUUAUUAGCCGUCGUCAGCCAGUCGUACCCAACCCCGAAAUGGCCAUUCCAGUCUACCUUGUCUUUUUUGUAGUAACACUCUGCCUGUAUCAUGUACCGCUGCGCGGCUGUUGGUUGGGCUCGAGAGUGAGAGCCCAUAAGGCACUACGGAACGAGUGACUUCCGUAUGAACGAUCUGUGAGCGCCCUUCUACAAUUGUAUCUUCCUGAUCGGAACCGACAGGACAACAGACCCACGGCUCAGUGGUUAGAGGUGUUGGACUUAUAACGUACAGGUCACGCGUCCGAGCAUCAGGUCUUCCACACUUCGGAGUUAGGUAUGACUGGCUGACGACGAUUAAUAAGCUAGAAAUGGUCAUUCCAGUCUCCCUUGUAUUUUUCGGUAAUAUCAUUCAGCCUUUAUCAUGCGCCGCUGUGCUGCUGGUGGUGGGCUCCAGAGAGAGUCUGGUAGGCACAACGGAACGAUUGAGUUCCGUAAGAACGAUCAGUGAGCGCCCCUCUACCAAACAACUCGACUUAUUCAUGAACCAUUACGACAAAGUAACGGGCCAGGCUCGGACUUUACCAAUACGCGGAAUUGCUUAGUCCUUCUUUAGAAGAAAGGUCAGUCGGUAAUGAUGACAUGUUAAGAUGACCGUAAUGCCGUGCUCGCCUACGUACCUUGCGAGACCUCCCCCCUUAUCAGGACAGCGGGUGUAUGGUACGCCUACUCCGUGCCUAAAACGCCUUAUCCACUGCGCACAUGUCCACCUAUAGUCGCCUCGAAACAGGUUUGCAUGAGAACAUGAUGAACGUUUGAAAGUUGGGCGAGGUAGAUGCAGCGCAUUUCUGAUUAACAGCAAAAUGUCAGGCGCUGGUGGACUCCGUUGGCUGCGAUGGUCGAACUAUCAUACUGCAUGCCGUUGAACUCUAAAACCCACAAAUGGAGAGGUCAAACGUGCUCUUGCUACACUUUAAACCAUGAAGUAUAGUCCAUUUGUCCUUUGUUUGCAAUUUUCUCAGCAAAAUAUAUGUUCAAGGACAAGGUCAACGACAAUGACAAUGUCAGAUGCACAAAGUCCAUUAGGUUGUCAUGUAAGAUGUUAUGAUGUGGGAAAAGUUACUUAUAAGAGAGUUUGCCUUAUUAUGUCGUGUCUUGGAGAAAUAAAUUCCUUCCCUACUCCACUCUCUCCUUCCCCAGGACUUUGCUGCGCUAAAGGAAUUGGAACAGUCAGCAGGGAAGAUUCUAGAAAGCGCCAAAGACUUUCAACAGUCGCUGGAGUCGCGUGACGCUUCUGGUUUUGAUAAUCUAGAGUUGGCUCGCAACUUUGAAUCGGUACGUUCAGCAAACCCGAAAGGGUUCUUAUGCUCGGUUACGGUUACGUCCCCGCAAGGGAUUCCUUUUGUAUCUUCCGUUGUUUUGUUUGAGGUCUUUGAAAAACUCCGGACAUGUAUUAAUGUUCUUCAGAUAAUAGAUUUAUCAGCAGCCUUUGUGUGAUUGUUUGUCAAUACGCUGCCAACAUAGUAAAAAAGUUGUACGCUGGCUUAGAUUAUUUAAGGCCCAUAAAUUCAUUAAAAUCUAGAGUAGAUUUGGCGUUCAGCAUAGAUCGGUGGGAAGCUGCGUUAUGCCAGGAAACAUCAAAGCUGAUGUUCGGGCGAGCCUAAGACGAAGGUUUCCGUCAAGGUCGCGCUCCUUCAUAGCAUUCAUACAGGCUUAUCAGAGCACACGGGCAUAAUCAUUUUUAAUAUUUAAUUUCAGGAAUAUCCUUAUUAGACCUUUUUGUAAGCAUGUGCCCAAUGCGUUCGCAGAGGAAGUCUGAAAGGCUGAAAACACCAGCGCAGUCAAAUUUCCGCUUCGAGGAUAAGUAGACAGCAGUCCACUUACAGACGGCAAGUCUCCUGCCAGUACGUUUACUUUUGGUACUUUUGAUGGAAUUCAGAUUCACUCACAAUUACGUAACUUGUCCCUCGUGACCUCCGACAUAGCGAAUCUGCGUGAACAACUGGCGCUGUUUCCAACAGAAGCUCAGUGUGGUCACCCAGAAGAGCAGAGGUAAGCCUGAUUUUAUUCUCUGACGCUGUUGAAGCCUUUGUUCACUAGGCAACAGUCUUUGCAUGGCUCGUAGCGGCAAAGAGCCGACAGAUACUGAUUAGGUAGAAUCGCAUUACCGACAAAGACGAGGGAGACUGGAAUGGCCAUUUCUGGCUUAUUGGCCGUCGUCUGCCAGUCAUACCCAACUCCGAAGUGUGGGACACCCGAGGCUCGAACUCGCGACCUGUUAGUUAGAAGUCCACGCCUCUAACCACUGGACUACGAGCCCGUUGCUCUGUCGGUUUCGAUCGGGAAUAUACAAUGGUAGGGGGCGGUCACCGAUCGUUCUUACGGAACUCACUCGUUCCGUUGUGCCUUAUGUGCUUUUUUUCUCUCGAGCCCAAUCAGUAGCCGCACAGCGAUUACUGAUUAAUUCGUAGGCGGAAAACAUUCGCAAGGCGCCCACUGUUUCGCUAAAAAAAAUCAUGUUAGCAGGCUGAGCUUCGAAAGCUGGGACCCCCACACGUUUAUUUGUAAUAGAAGCGUGUGGUUCGUUUUUCUAAACAGUCGUUGCAAGAUUACCUUGGGGGUAAUAUAUUUAAGCUCGUGGAUGGAACACCUGUGGUAACAUCCGUUUUAGAUUGGUCUACUCUCGCGUAGCAUUAGUUAUUCAAGUUAUUCAGCUGUUUCUUAAUCAUUCCAUAGUUGGACGGAUUGCGCCUAUCAUUCAUAAAUGCGUGGCUUGAAUCCUGCGACGGAAAUUCGUUAUUUUGGCCACUUUGUAAUCAAUAGGAUGGUGAGUACUUAUAUCAACACAACUGUUUAAAUGCUGCCUAAUGUCAUAAUAUAUGUGGUUUCGGGUAGAAAACAGAACCAGAACGAGGUGCGUUCUCGAUGACCGAAACAUUUGUUUCACAAAAAUAUAUACACCCCGAGAAUUUCCCAUAACAACGUUGAAGAAUUGGUUGAUGGUCAUAAACGUUAACCGCUCCAUAUUUAGAGCCGAGUAAAGAUCAUGACAACACCAGUUUCACACAUAAUUUAACCCUUCAUCCAUACAUCAUGUAAUUACAGAUGACUAUGCCAAUAUUUGGAGCAGUUCGCAGUCGUCUCGCUUGGCCGUUUACGAUUUCUGGUGUGAGGCAUCCGUUUAAAUAUGUUUGAUUUGGUAUCCCCCUACAUCAAUGCCUUGGCGAUAGACCAUCUGUUCAGAUGGGAAAAGUUUAGAGAUCCGGGAAGAUUAUUAGAAGAAGAAAAUUGGCUCUCCGGAACAGGUUUAUUUAACUGCUGGCGUUUCAAAGAGCUGGGUCGGCUCUUCAUUGUCAAAGCGUAAACUGCACCUAAUCGAUUAGAAAUUUAGUUUAAAGUGGCAAGUUGUGUUGGCCGGCCUCACACGUUGGGGAAACGGGGCAUACUUUUGACCUCCAGAGGGCUACCAUCUUAGGCCGAGGCAACACAAAAACAGAACGGCUAACUCUCGAAGCGUGGUUCUCCGAUGCCCACUCUAUCAACAGGCAUCUGGACCUUCCUGCAGCUUACAAAGUCUUACGUCACCACAAUCGUAGAGCUCAGGACCAAACAACCACACCUGACUUAAGAAGGCAGCACGGAGAUAGCCCGACGCUGAUCUUACUCGGUGAGGAAGAACAAGAACCGCCAGACCGACCGCCCGACUAAAGUCCAAUCAGCUCCCCUCGACGGAGUGGUGACUCAUAAAGCGCACAGGCAAAAACGCCCGUCAACCAUUUCGUGAGAGGCCGACGCAGCGUGAGGAGAGAGAAAAAUCGAUCAGCAUGAGGCCGGCCAACACAGCUUGCCACUUUAUAUUAACUUUCUGAUCAAUUAGGUGCAGUUUACGCUUUGACAAUGAAGAGCCGACCCAGCUCUUUGAAACGUCAGCAGUUAAAUAAACCUGUUCCGGAGAGCCAAUUUUCUUCUUCUGGUAGACCAUCUGAUUAUGACAGCAAAAUUGAGGUUGUGAUUUUGUUCUCGACAAUCAGUAACCACGAACAGUAACUAAAUCCCCCGCCGAAGUCCGUUUCAUGUCCACUUGACGGAAACUCGACUUUGGCAUACGUAGUUUCAGUGACAAUGCGCACAGGAUAAGCGGUGGAUAGAUCUCCACUGUCAUCACCGCGCUGUCUGGUCACCGGCAGGUAUUCGACGCCAAUACUGAAGGCUCAGGUGGCACGUUUUUCGGUCGCCUCAGCAAGGGUUCGUACUUUCUUCGGCGAGGUCGUGGGGAUCUGGUAGAGGAAGGAGCCAUUAUUUCCGGGCUGAUCAUGUAGAUAGACUGUCGCGCCCACUCCUUCUCCGGCGAUAUUGCAAACCUUUCUUGAUACCAAAUAGAGGAUGUAUGUUCAUAUGCGAUUGUUGACAUCUCAACAGCUGAUCUCUGCCCGGUAAAGAAAGACUGCGGAUGCAAUACAGACCUUCCGCUUCUUGCAAUAGGCACGCGCUAACUCACGAGAAAGUUGCCUGAAAGUUCUGUGCAACGAGACGCUAGCUAUUCUUUGGCAACAGAGGCUUGCUUGCUCUCGAAAGGAGGUCUCCGCGCCUGAUUUAUGUUUGGGAAUACUCUUGUUUGCUUUUCGGACAAAGUUGUAUCUCUCUGUAGUGUCCUAUCCUAAGGAAAAGCAUAUCUCAGUUCAAAAGGGCUUUUUGCAAAGAGUGUGGGCAUAUUUUGAUCGGCUUACAGAGCUACGCGUAAGAAUCUGACCAAGUCAUUGAAAUAGUUUUAGAUGCAGUCUGGCUGUCAGGCUUUCUUGAGGGCAUUGUUUUGCAAAUGCACGCAGAAGGCGAUGUUUUCAUUCUUCAAAAACGUUCAUAUGCGCUAAAUGUGAUGAUUUGUGAGAUUCGCUUAAUUAUGGAGACUUCAGUAGUAACUUGCAAGCAGACACGUUUGAGAGUACGUAAUUGCACGCCAAACUUUACUAAACAUUUAAAAACUUUGUUUGCCAUGGCCGUUGAGAUCGUAUUCAAAAAUAGACAUUGUCUAAGUGAAUCGGCUCGUCGAAAUUAAUGCAGGAUGUUGGGGGGAGACUCAUUACUAAUGCGUGUCACGCACACCAUGGUGUUGAAAUUGACCUUGGGUGGUACAUCGUCGAUUCCGUUCUGUCUUAGGGCCCUUGUGUUGCCGUUCACGUACGUACAUGUAAUCAGUGACCUGGAAGUGUAACAGGCGAUGUAAGGGAAGCAAAACUAAUCGUCUCUUAUUUACCGUAAUCAAUUGGUCAUGCCUCAACCUUAAACUCGGAUUUCUGCUCGCUUUUAAGUAACAAGCUGAUUGCCUUGUCAUCGAGUCACGUGGUCAGAGACACCACGGUGCAACAUCGCGUCCCGUGGUUCUUCCGGACCGUUUUUAUGCUUGUUUGGUGGGCUGUUCGUCUUAAUUCUUUCUUGCAGAGAGAGAGAGUGGACUGCUUUAUUUUGAAAAUAACUUUUAAAACUUUCAGCAAAAACGGUUCUCCUGUACACAGUGAUUACUAUAGAGAUUAACAGGUAUUGGAAGGGUGGACAUGAUUAUAUAUGAAGAAAAAAGGACUUUAAGGUUCAAGAUCGAGUUUUAGUUUUUGUUUCUUAACAUCUUUGCAGGUUAGAUACAGGGCUAGAAAUGGCAGUAUGGAAUUCCGAUAGGCCGAAGUGCGGCAAGGGCUGUUGCGGAAGCAUCGACGCAUGCGGCGUAAGGAUUUCGCAGCCAUUAACUCAUUAUGAAGGGGAUGGACGAUGUCAUUCAGAAUUCGGUCAGCAAAUUGCUCCACCGAGUUGAAAUGUCGCUGCACGAUGAUAUCAACUAAAAUAUGAUAAGAAACACCACCAGCAGAGGCGAGCAUUCGAAUGACACGUUUAAAAAUAAUGAGAUCUUUUUUUAAGUAAAACUGGAAAAAUAACUGGAGAACAAUAAAGAAUGAGUGGAAGAAUACAGCCAUCUAUGAAUCGCCAGAUUAAGGACUUGGGUGUAUGAUAUGGACGUAGACAACGAAUGUAAUAAACAAGGUUUUGAAUUUUUGUUAAAAGGGUUUCCAUAUGAAGAGUGAAAGAGAGAUUUGAGGAUAAAGUAACACCUAGGUACCGGAAAGAGGAUACCUCAUUGGGAAGAAUAUCCAAAGGUUCAGGAAUGGGAGAGGGUCGCAAUCGAAACACACCAUGUACUGAUUUCUGCUUGUUGAGUAGGAGUCCAUUAUUCGAAGACCAUGCGAAGACGCGUGAUCUAAGCCAUCCUUUAAAGACUGCAAAUGAGUCAGGUUUUUGAGUGGGUGGCCUACGACCAUGUCAUCGGCAUACUUAACAUACAGGCAGUCGUUUGGCGAUCUCAAAUCAUCAGUAUGUAGGGAGAAAAGAUGAGGGGAUAAGAUGGAACCUUGUAGAACUCCACAACCUACUUUCUAAACGGCACACCACUGCAACAGGUUGACAGUCAGACUCAAACCAACACUGCACUGCGCGAAGGCGGCUAAAUCGGCUACGGCCACAUUGCAACUCAUUAGGCGAGCAUUUAUGGGUUUUGACCCUGACUGCCUUUCCAAAAUAUUUGGCACCUUCGUGCGACCUCAUCUAGAAUACGCCAUACAGGCGUGGAAACCCUGGACUGCCAAGGAUUAUACCGUCUUGGAGAAGGUCCAGAGACGGGCGACCAAAAUGACACAAGGUCUGGGAGCACUGCCCUAUGAAACCAGACUGUCAAUCCUAAACCUGUUUCCCCUUUCCUACAGGCAAUGACGUGGUGACCUUAUACUAACAUUUCGCCUCAUCAGCGGCCUAAACUGUUGUUUAGAUCCCACUGAUUAUUUCACCCAAGCUAGCACGCCCAAUUUGCGCGGCCAUCCCCUAAAACUACGCGCAGGGAAAUCAAGAACCAAUGGACGAAAGUCCUUUUUCAGUAACAGAGUGGUUGCAGCCUGGAAUUCCCUACCUACCGAUGUUGUAACCUCCUCCUGUGUGAACUCCUUCAAGUGUAGACUUGAGCUGCAUCAAGCUUGCCAAUUACCACCCCCACAUCCACUCGCAUAACCCGAUACCAUCUUAUAUGUGUUUAUACUACUUGUAAUUAGUAAGUAACCAUUAAUGAUUACUCUUUUUCGGCUAGCUGCCAGCUGUCCGCCAGUAUGUACAAAAUCCCUUUUUCACCUUCCCAUUUAUCAAUGUUUUUCUCCGACGACUUGUAACCAAGAGGGAGUUUAAAGGCGCUUGCCUAUAUUUCCCUUAAUAAACUGAUACUGAUACUGAUACUAACCAGGUUCAGGUGGGUGAGGAAGGAGAGGGUGCGGUAGAUGCCCUGCAAGUCCGCUGUCGUGAUAAAGUAAUCUGCACGAAAGUCACCGUCCUGCGCCUUCACCACGUUGUGCUUUAAACCGUUGUUCGUGACGGUCGAAUUGAACACUGGUGGCGGAAAUAAACCAAAGAUAUCUACUCCAGGUUUCCGUGCUAAAUGACCAUACUGUUCAAGGGCGUCGCUUGGGGUUCCGUUCACAUUACACGGAGUAUCUGCUCAGGUCCGCGUAUGAAUUCUGUCGCUGGGUGUAGACUUGCAGUUCCUGCGAUGGAAAUGCCCUAGGGGUUAACUGGAAGUAGACCACAGUGGAUAUGCAGUUUGCCCCGUCAACUGUCUCGUGAGAUCGCGUGGCGACCAGGAAUCACCGAUCGAGGAGUGUUACCGCUGCGUUGUCAAUUAGUCGUACUCCUACAAUCCAACGGCUGUUUGCAAGGACCCGGCGCUUGAAAUCGGACUUAUGUCGCCUACUGUACAUUAAAUCACACGAUUAGCGAACACGUAGUCUCCGCUCGAGCCCCGGCCUCUCCUGGGAUGCGUUUUACUGGUUGAUGACACCGAACAAGCAGUUCGUGAACUUCAAAGUCAACAUUACACAGUGUCUGCUGAAUCUCGUACAACAAGCCUACCUCCCAAUGCAAGAUAACAACAUCUGCAUAGGCCGACGACUAUGUCAGCGGAUCUUUAGUUUCCAACUGUAGUACUCCUCACAGACUGUCUCCAGUAAGUUGAUCUGAUUACUUCUUAGUCGUAGGAAAUGAAGAAUAUUCAUGAAGUAUUCUGUUUGCAUUUUCUUGGUCUACUGCCUGCAGACUUUCAGUGAUGUCGAUCGAUGGCCGAUUUCGGGAAAGAUUGCAAGCAUGAGACUCGAUUUUAUGCUUUCAGUUAUUCUAGUUAGCUAAUUCUGAGUAUGUCUGGUUACAUAUAUUUACCCAUAAUAAGUUAGCUUGAAGCUAUUUCUUCCCAGAAGCACCACCUGAGGGUGGUUUGUGGUAGACCGUUUUUAAAUUACUUGCAUUGUCAAAUUUUUUUUCUUUUUAUUAACUCAGAUCCACUGAAGUGGAUUGGAAUCUGGAUCUUAACAAGGUCUUCCUUAAACGCCUUCCCGAGGUUACCAAUGAAUGCGAUUUGCAUGCAUAUUUCUCUAAUUUUGGUCUCAUCGCCAACGUCGUGCUGAAGGACAGCAUGGGGUCGGCCUCUGUCCGCUGCGGGUUUGUCACCUUCUUUGAAAGGGACUCGGUGAGGAGGGUGCUUGAUACUCAACCACAUCUGCUAGGCGAGGAUCGGAUCAUCGCUUGCGUGGCAAGGAAAAAACAGUCGGACCACCAAGGGUAAGCUCUUCGCGUGGAGAUGCGGUCGAUUCCAUCUCGGCUACAAAGACGUGCACCGUUCCUGGUCAUCUCCCUUCGUCUCUCUCUCCCCCUCUUUCGCUUUCCCCAUUCCCCUGUCCCUUUACCCCUCUCCAUCUCCGUCCUCCCCUCCUCCCUUUCACCCCCUCUCAUCAAAGGCGCGGAAAAGUCAGCGUAAACACAAAUGCCCCUUUCGGUUAGCCGGUGACGGUUGCUGCUUGCCUGGAUAUGGUUUUCGAGUGUUUAAUACACCAAGAAGAUCGCGAUGUGUCAUCAAACUGCCUUCUGGCAAGAGCUCCCGAGAUGCCUCUGCCUUGCCGUCCACUUCGGCAAUAGCUCGGCUCGUCACAACGUUUGCGCCAAUAGCCACGUUUGAGUCGCAUGGCCCUCCGUAUCGGUGGUGCUUGUCCUAAAGCCAUAUUUUGAUACUUCAAAGUAGAGCACAAACAAAAUGAUUUGAAAGAAGUUGAAAAUAAUAAAUGAGAAGGCCAAGGUCAGAUUGAUUAUUGGAAUUUAUGCAUUUCCUUGACGAAUUGUGGUCUAUCCCGAUUUUAUGAAAAACACCACUCACUUGCGUCGUGACACUUAACUCCGUUGGUGUUAAAACACUGUUAAUUUAAGGCAAAAAUGUGCACCAGGCAACGAUACGUUGUGUAACCCCACUUUGCAACUAGCAGCCGUAUUCUCUAAUACAGGGAUUGUGGAAAUAGGGGUUUUACGUAUGGGGGAUCACCCCCUCAUGCCAGAUAAUGUAUCACUAAGAAUAUGCUAGAACGACUCGGUUCACGUGAUUAUAUCAGUGUGCUAGGCAAGACUGAAGUGGUGAAUUCCUGUAGUCACGAAUUGGAGAUCUAACCAAGACUUACUAAGACAAAUGUAAUAGCUAGUCGUGCAUAUCAAACAUAGUGGGGUUACACAACCUAUUUCUAUCGUGCACGGUUUAGUAGGGUCCCGGGUUUUGGCCAUUGUUUCGCCAUUGUCUAAACUUCUAAGGUAUGUUCGGUGUAGAGUUGCAUAUUAGUAGAUACGGGUGGUGGUUGUUUAUGAUGUGCAACGUGCCAUGUUCGCCCGUGGGUCGUUUACUUUCUACCUAGAUCUCAUCCCUUUGAUCCAUGGAUAAAGUUACGGCGAAGGUAACUUACGGUGACCCUCAUGGCACCACAUUGCUGCUGUGGUGAUCGGUCGCAACUCUUGGACGUCCUGCCUAAUCUAUUUGACCCACUAGUACGCGCGCAUUCGAAUCAAGCUUUCUUACCCUAACUGCUGGCCAAUCACUCAUAUCUUUGUCCUGACCGAAGUAAACCAACGCGCACAGGCUGGCUCAGUUCAUGUAGGUGCUGCGUUAGCCUUAGGCGUAUGACGCAACCUUGCGCCCUUAGGGGUUCUUACACAACUUCUCCUUCAUGGGAUAUGUCCAGAAGUCGUGUUAGUUUAGGCAGUCAUUUUACAUGGGCCUGCUUUUUGUUCGUCACUCCUGAUUGAAGUUCACGUUAGAGCUCUAACAUCCGAUAGGACAUGUUCCCGCGCGACCGAUUCCCACGAGGAAUUUAGCAUGAUUCAAACUCAUUUCUUACAGAGGGUCAUUAUCCAAUGGAAUUCCUUACCGACGUAUGUUGUAAAUCCCCCUACCGUGAGUGUUUUCAAGGCACAACUGGAUAAUCACCUUCCAGAAGGCAACGCGAACUGCCGAAGUCCAAUCUGGCGAAUUACUGAGAUGACUAUAAACAGACUACUAGCGUGAUUUCAACAGAUCCUUUUGUGGGCAUUAGACGUGACCUCUGAGAGAAUUUUCACAGCGCCAACGCAGUUAACAAUUUUUCCGCAGUUAUUUCGCAAAUGCCAUGCCUUUUUAACAUUUAUGCUCUACUGGUAGAUCUGUACAUUCUGCACACUAAAACUGUGUGCAAAAUCUUUGCAAUUUAACUAUUUUCCCCACACACCAGUACCGUUUAAAAUAGAAUUUUCAGGACAUCUGUCGUUUACUCCAAAUAUACUGUGUGACCCAGAUAUCCUAGACGUAACCAGACUUCAAAUUGCGUCGGCCAGCGUUCAGCGGGUUUCGACACAUAGUAUAAGUUGUCGGGCUGACCGUGGACGAGCGACGAUUAGAGGAUGCGAGAAAGAUGUGCAGAGACUUCAAGCUAGCCAUUUAAUGGCCCUCAAUGAAACAGAGGCCGACUGUCUAAUCGGUGCUAUUUUACCCCGCAGAUCUGUGGACCCCGGCGUCUCGGUCGCUGACAACGACGACGGCGACUUUUCGAACUCUGACGACGACCAACCGAGCAACGAUGCCUUCUGUGACCAGCUUACAAUGUUUGUUGGCCACUUGAAACAAGAGAUCACUGAAUCGGAUCUCACAACCUACUUUUCCCAAUUCGGCAGAGUCACAGACGCUUCAAUAAUACACGAUUGGGCCACCGGCGAGUCUCGCGGCUACGGUUUUGUUACCUUCGCUGACAGCAGGGCUUUCCAGGCGGGUGUACUGAAAGCCUGCCACUUCCUCAAGGGCUGUCGCCUCAGUGUCAAGCUCUCAGUUAACCGUCUUCUGUCUCGUACCCCCACCGUACUUCCUCCACCGCCGUCUAUGUUAAGUUUCGGAAAAAUUAGAUUUAUCUUUUGUCACGCAUUUACUCAUUUCUGGGAUGUUUUUUAUCUCAGUUAGCCGUAGUCAACAAGAGUAUUUUCCCACUAAAAGUUACUCAAACAUCUUAGUCACGCGGCCGAGUAGGGGCUGGGUGACCUCCAAAAAAAAGAGGUGAUUUGUCAGUUCAGGACUGUGUGUACAAUGAGUGAGCGACCAAAAUCCUGAAAUGCGUAUUCGAUUCGGAAGGAUUACUUAGGUGCGGUUGUAGUAUUUAUUAUCAUGCAGCAUAAUCCUAUAAGAUUUUGGACUCGCUAGGAGGCCGGCUUUUUAGUGCAUUUCUUUUUGACAUCCUGUAGAAACCACACUCGGCAAAAAAUAAACACUUAAGUUGCAUGCAUUUUUCAAAUAAAUUAUUUUUAUACAUCAAAAUAUGUUUUAUAGAAAACAUGCACAAAAAUGCCUUCUUUUACAAGUUUAGUAGAAAAUCACGCCCUCUUUACAGUUAAUACUCACAAAAGGAUACCUUUCGGUUUCAAGGUUUCUAAAAUGGAAGUUUUUUAGACCGAGCAUGUUCACUUAUACAGUAUCGGAUCUGUCCGUUUACCAACACGCAUUAUGCAACGUACAACCUAGUCCACAUCCAUUGCAAAUUUUUAUGAACUCUAUGUGGUAUUUUCUUAAAGUCAUAGGGGAAUAUAUAAUUUUCCUUACGCGGAAAGCAUGCGCCUUGUAGACCGAAAUCGAUAAACGCUAAUACAACGGGAAUUGGGAAACCUCUUUAAAACCUAAACGCAUCCUUCAUUUAAGUGCACAGUGUAAAUAAAACGUAAUUUUUACCAAAAGGAUAAGAUAAAGCAUAUUUCAAGCAUGUUUUCUAUAAAUAUAUUUAAAUAUCUGAACCCAUCGAAAAUCAAUCUGAAAAAUGCAUGCCGAGCGUGGUUCCUACACGAGGUCGAAAAGAAGUGCAUGCAAAAGACGGCCUCCGCUCGAUAUUAAAUAUUAAAACCCCACCUACGUAACCCUUCUGAUUUGAUUACACAUUUUAGAAUUCUGACCAACACUUCAUGUUAUCGGCAACUCACUAUAUUUGUUGAAAUGUGGAGGUCGUUGAUUAGUUUUGCUGAUGCACGCAGUCAUUUCAUGAAUAAGAAUUUUUUAUCAGGCUUUUAAAGUGUGUUUUGUGUGUUAUUCUGUCAGUCAUCCACCUUUGAUGGUGAAUUUGUAGCCUCUGCCAAAUCCUUGGGGUUGAGAAUUACUAUUCGACAAGGGUUUGGUUUAUGGCCGGGACAACUUAAUCCGGGGAGGAAUUUUUUUUUAUUUGUACUUGUCAGAUAAAGCAAAAAAGACCUCGCGGUGGCUGUUGUGUUAGGUUGGUCAAGAUGCUUUAAAGUAGAUAUCGACAAUGCCUGCAAAGGGACAUUAAAUUCACUUACUAUUUCUAUUAAUUGGUAAAAAAUAGUGGUGACAAUAUGGAGGACCACAAAAUGUGUGAUACCAGAAAGUUCUUGGAUGUUCAGCUGUAUUACUAGUAAUUCUUUACGGUGGGGUUUAUGCUUACCUUGUUGUAUGCUCCUCAACUGCGAUUUCAUUUCAAAGUUUAUAGAAAAAACCGCACUAAGUCAGCAUCAAGUUUUGUUUACUUUUGACAUAGGUUCGCAAAGCCGGCGGGCGCUGACGUUAAUCCUAAGGGCAUUUUCGUUGACUACCUGUCUGAGACGACAGAGGACUGUGAUUUGCAUGAAUAUUUCUCGAAAUUCGGCAUUAUCACCGAAGUCAUCGUCCUCAAGGGCAAAAGGAGCGGGGAUACCCGCCGCAAUGGCUUUGUAACCUUCCGGGACACAGAUGCGGUGAAGAUGGUGUUCGAUGCUUGGCCACACCUGUUGAAUGGCAAACACAUUGGCGUUUUUCCAGCAUGGAGUCGGAAGUCCGGUCAAUUUAUGUAAGUUUUGGUUUCACAGAAAUUAAUAUUUGCCUUUUAGGCGCACAUCUGUUUAACCGAAAGAAAACAUGCGAUCAGGGAAUGUCCGGACUAGUCGUGAGACCGUCUUCAGAGACCUGUAGGGGGUGAACGGGAAGAGUGCCUCCUUGGUUUGGCGCUUAGCUGUGCCUACUGGUCGCGUGAGUGUAGCGCAGUUGUUAUGAGGUAGCUGUCAGAGGCUCUGAUCCCCUGAGCUCUCACCCCAUUAUAUUGGCAGUCAGAAUUGUAUUCCACAGAGCCCUAUUUGUGGCCAUGUCGCAGGAUGUGAAUAGUGACUUGGUCGCAUCUCCCGACGGCCCGGACCUCGCUGACUUCCGCGAUGUAAGAGUCCUUAUCGACAGCAGAACAGUUGCAUCGACGGCGUUGACUACCAACGAGUGCAGAUAAAGUAUUAGCUACUAAGCGUACACGCGGGAUUUUCUAUCCAAUGCCUGAUUCCAUCUGGGGCUCCCAGGAUCUUUCACCUGCACGGAAACAGGCCUUAGGGAACUGCAUUGGUUGCGGUACAUUUGCCUCAAGUGGUAGCUUCGACUGGCUUUCGGUUGAAGUCCACUGCGGUCAGGUACGUCUUGUCAAUUUUGUAGAUGGUAGUGCUUUUUUCUACAGGGCAUUCGAGCUUUCGAGGAGAUUUUGUAGGGUUGGUAGCCUGGUCUACGUACAUGCACGCUGGUUGGUUACUAUGGCCAACCCCCAUUUUAACCGACCUGUGGAUUCGUGCUGCAUGUCUUGUAAUCAUAAAGUACGUACCAUGAAGUCAUAGGGUCACGCUGGGCUAACUGUUUAUAGUCUACAGUUGGCCUUGGCUCCGAGGACACAUCUUCUACCCUCUCCGCAUGCGCCAGUUGUGAAGAACCUGUUGGAGAAUGCUUUAUACUUUAAAAAAAUCGUUCAAAUAGCGUCGUAUUGCUCAAACGUAUCUUGAACAAACUCACGUUAAGUGCUACGGUAUUGCAGGCUAUCCGUAGCUCGCGACUAUGCUGAGGCACUUCUGUGUCAACAUGGGAUUCGUUUUUUCAAACGUUUAUGUAAAUUUGACCGUUCGUCACAAUCACGAUUUUCAAAAAGGUCACUUGCUAAAGUGGUUGUGGAGGAAGGACGUUCCUCGUGAUAGUUGGAUUCUUUUUCUAUUGAUGAAGUCCUACGUAAUCGCGAAUUGCUACUGACAAACACUGGACUGGGCGGUGAUUUCCACAAGCCGGCGACGCGCCAGUGCUUCUGACCCAUAGAUGGGGCUGUUGUAUCCAGCUGGCCAACGCUUGGAAUUAUCCACGCCCUCCUCGCAAGUGCUUCCACAUUUAGCCCCUGUUAACAUUCCGCUUCCCCCUUUUUGUAACCGUCUUUCGAGCGUGAUCGGAGUUCUUCAGGGGCAAGUGAUGUGCCCGCCUCCCUUAAACAGAACAGAAGUCGGUUGGUAUCCUUUCAAGUGCGCUGGGGUGGACUAUUUUGGUUCGUUGAUGGUCAAACUUGGACGACCUUCUGAGAAACGCUGCGGUUGUGUGUUUAGCUGCUUACGGACAAGAGCCGUUCAUCUUGAGAUAGCCGCCAACCUAACCACGAAUUCUUUCGUUCAGUGUCUGAUGAGACUCGAGUAAACGCGGACGUCCCACUGACAUCUACAGCGACAAAGGAACCAAUUUUGUUGGAGCAGUAGCGGAACUCCGAAAGGACUUUCACAAUUGGGACUAAAAUAGAGUGUCGGGCCAACUGCUAACUCAAGAGAUACAGUGACAUUUUAACCCACCCGCUGCCAUUCAUCGGGGAGGCAUCUGGGAAUGCAUGACCAGGUCUCUACGACGGAUUCUUCUUGCUCUCUGUAAGGAGCAAUCUCCAACUUACGAACAGCUCGGCACCCUCUUCGUGCAGGCUGAAUGUAUAUUAAAUAAUAGAUCGCUAGUCCCGCUAACAUCAGACAGCAACGACUUGGAACCGCUUACCCCGAAUAGCUUAUUGUUGAUGAGGAACUGUCCUGUGCUGCCUGGCAGUGACGAAUUGGUGGCACGGUACCGCGUUGGAUGGAAACAAAUACGCUACCUCGCUUGCGUGUUCUGGAGACGAUGGGUAAAAGAAUAUCUACCAAGUCUGCAGAAAAGAAAAAAAUGGACAAGAGAAGCCGCGAAACUGAAACCAGGUGAUGUUUUAGUUUCUGGGGAGCGCACACCUAGUGAGAAUUGGCUUUUGGGAGUAAUAGAUACGUGCGAAAAGAGUCGCGACAACCUUCUUAGGACGGUAUACAUUAGAACGGCGGGCGGUCUCUUAAAAAGGGACGUUAGAAAGAUUUGUCUACUUGAGGGCCAGAGCAGCCGUAAACCUCCAAAACCGUAAGUUGUUCUCAAGAGUUGGACGUAGAGAAUUGGCGGGCGGUGUUGUAUGCAGCUGGUCAACGCUUGGAAUUCUCCACGCCCUCCUCGCAAGUGCUUCAACAUUUGACCCCUGUUAACAUUCCCCUUCCCCCAUCUUUGUAACCUCUUUGGAGCGUGACCGGCGUUCUUUUAAUCAACUGGUUUUUGUAUUCUGAUCUUGACCUGGGAAAUCGAUUUGCUCGAACAGUAACAAAGGGAUUCUUUGUCUAGGAUAUCCAUUGUUGAGGUUUGUACGUCUUUUAUUAUCACCUUAUUACCUUUUAUUAUUACCUUAUUCUAUCUAUUAAUGUCCUUAGCGGAAUUAUCAAGUGCACCGAGCUGCCACUGCGAGUCCACUGACUAGUAGUGUCUGCGAUGUGUUAGAGAUCAAUCCCAUGCGACUUCAGCAUUCUACGGUUCUGUGCUUUUCGAAGACGACACAGCAUGUCAAGUUGAUUUGCAUGUAGGCAACUUCUUGGCAAACUGUUUACGAUCACCCACCUGACUUCACAAAAGUUUGACAUUCUAGACACCUGAAAUAUUGUGGAGUGACUGGAGCAUUUGAUGAAAUUGUGAAAUCGCGUAUAUUACAGUUUGCGUCUCAGUGAGUUUACUAAGGUUAUCGGUAAAUGCAGCUGAAAUUUAAGAAGCUAUUUCUCGACUCGUUGUCGUCGCCGACAGAUUUCCACACUUACAGCUAUUUGUGCUCGUCAUAUUGUUGCCACGCGCGUGCAUUCCAGAGACAGGUUCCAAGCCCAAACCAAGUCGGUCGUAUUACGUCGUCCCAAACGUUACUCCUCUGUUACCUAGGAAUUCUCAGUUUUCAAAAGAGAACUUUAAACCAGGAUGCGACGUUUUCCAUGCAGAUGGAACUUUAAGGGUUCGUGACAUAUGUCCUUUGAACCACUUUGGUGAAUCCAUUUGAAAAACAUGGUCACUCUUAUAUCGUAUUUAACAUCGGAAAAAUAUGUUUCUCUGUUAAUGAGAAUAAUAAGUUAGCUAGUGUCCUGAGGAAGUAUUCCCACGCCAAAGUUGUGAGCUGGCCUGUAAAUCUAGUACUUAGGAAAGGACAAAUUGUAUGUUUUCAGCCAGUGUUUCGGUUAUCAUCUUGCGGUCAUUGUAUUAUGGUGGUGUGGGGUUGAGAUGGUAACGGGGGGGGAGCAUUCAGGGCGGAUCCACACAGAUUUUUUGAGAACUUCAGAGAUACGAAAUGUAUCUAUUUAAUUAAUAUUUUUUCUAACUUCACAGACCUCAAACCCAAACCAGCAUGUCAAACGAAAGUGCCUCCGCAUCAGCCCUCAACAAAAGGACCAUAUUUGUCGGUCGCCUAAAGCCAACGACCACAGCAGCUGAUCUUGAAACCUACUUUUCCAAAUUUGGCAGCGUUUCGAGGGCCAAAGUAGCGACUCAUUUGUACAGUAGCCAGUGUCGCAGCUUCGGUUAUGUCGAGUUCUCGGACAGGAAGGCCUUUGAGGGUGGUGUCCUGGAAGCCUGUCACUUUCUAAACGGCUCUCGACUAAAAGUCGAGCUUUACGAACGCCGGACUUCAUCUAAUUCAGAUUCUGACCACACGUGA